GAUAUCAGAAGGCCCAGCCGCAGCCUGCCCUCACACCUUUCAACAAGUUUGACGAACGGAAGACCAAGGAAAAGUCGAGCAGGGUCAACACUGUCGCCAAGUUUUUCGCGCCCUCCAUCAAAAUACCACCCAAAAAAGGUAAGGGCUUUUGACGGAUCGGCCCGUGCCGCUGCUAUGAAAAGUCAAAGAUGUCACUAACCGCUCAAACUGCCCGUGACUGGUAACACGCUUCUUUUUUAAGGGGACGGCCAAGCAGGGCACAAUAUGAGUGGCUGCUUUCAGAGUCUGUGAUAGGCCAGCACUUUGCAGUUAAUGAUGGAAGGCCAGCGGCUUUUUUUCCCCGCUUCUUGUCAUCUGAGCAGAGAGGGGAGUGGUGAGCAGUAAACGAUACGCUCAAGUCGAGAUUCAGUCGAUCUCUUGAUGUGUGUGAGAAGAGCCGUUCUAAACCUGCUCCCUAAAUGCCACCACCUCUUUGGAUGCUCAGUCCAGCCCGAGCUCCUUCCCCGCAUCGAGCCGACCCUCCUCCGCGGACACCGACCGCGCGACGAGGGAGUUCAUCGAUUUCCUCAAGCCUCUGAAAUACGGCCAGCAGAUCUUUAAACAGUGUCGAGCCUUCACGGAGAGCAUGGCCUACAAGCGGGACAUGGGUGCAGAGGACAUGUCCGAAUGCGUUCAGGACUUCUACCAGUCUCUCUCGGAACGCCUUCAUACUCAAUUCAAAGGCUCAUCCGAGUACAUCGAGGGCAUCAUGGACCAAGUGGAGAGAUAUAUCACGACGCGUUUGUACAAGGAAGUGUUUUGUCCGGAAACGUCCGACGAUGAGAAGAAAGACCUGGCAGUACAGAAUAGGAUCAGAGCCUUGCACUGGGUCACCAUUGAGAUGCUGGGUGUUCCCGUCGAUGAGGGGAUCCCCGAGGCUUCCGACAGCGUGGUGAAAGCCAUCACGGACGUGAUCGAAAUCGAUUCCAAGCGAGUGCCCAAGGACAAGCUGGCGUGCAUCACGUGCUGCAGCAAGCACAUCUUCAACGCCAUCCGCAUCAGCAAGAAGGAGGCGGCGUCGGCGGACGACUUCCUGCCCACGCUCAUCUACAUCGUGCUGAAGGCCAACCCACCGCGCCUUCAGUCCAACAUUCAGUACAUCACUCGCUUCUGCAACCCCAGCAGGCUCAUGACUGGAGAGGAUGGCUACUACUUCACUAAUCUGUGUUGCGCCUUGACCUUCAUUGAGAAACUGGAUGGCAAGUCACUCAACCUGACCGCCGAGGAGUUUGACCGUUACAUGUCCGGGGGGUCCCCCAACCGGCCCCAGGCGGGCGGCGCCGCCGCGUUCAUCCAGGUGCACAAGCGCCUGGACCUACUGACGGGCCUCGGCGAGCGGCAGGAGCUCGUCAUGGAGCGGGCGCGGCAGCUGGAGAGCGACCUCAUCGACUGGACGGACGAAGUGGAGCAGAACGUGCAGAGCGUCCUGGAGACUUUUGAGGCGCAGAGCCCCCCCGCCGCCGGCGGCGCGGCGACGGGCGCGCCGGUGGCCGCUUCGGCUAUCGACUCUGAUAACGUUGAGAAUGAGCACCUGCCACCGCCGCUGACGCCGCAAGUGUUUGCCGGCUGAUGCACGAGGAACUACGCCACUCAUCCAUCCAUCCUUCCUUCCAUUCAUUCAAAUCGAAAGGCCUGAAACACCUUCGAAUGCACGGCAAUGAUUAGGUCACACCUAUUAUUCCUUCUGAGAAAAGAGUUGCUCUUUUCCAAGCACUUUAAUGAUUAUAAAUAUUAUUUCAUUAAGGAUAGUGCAGACGCUGUUGUCAGGUGUGCCCUGCAGCAGCGGCAUCCGUUUGGACAUUGCGUGUAUAAUAUUUAGAUUUUAAUCAAUUUCUUAUAGCUCUUUUCUAGCCAUAUAUGAUCUGGUGGUUUUGUUUGGUUUUGAGAUGAGGCUUUAAAACUUAAUUUCUUGGCGUAGGUUAAAGCACUGUAGAAGCUGGAAGAGGCUUUCACACACUGGCCACAACAUUAAGUACACUCGCACGAUCUUUUGAGGUUCAUUAUCAGAACUGAAUCUAAAGAUGGCCUUUACAAAUAUGAUCAUCUUAGUCAUUAUUGUGUAUUACGCUUAGUGGAGUAUUCUAUUUUUGUAAAUGUGAAUUCUAUUUAAUGGGGUGGCCAAGUGAGUGUACGGAGAAGUUUAAAACAUCCUCAUAGGUUUGUUACCGUUUCAUAUAGGAGUCAAUACUGUCCUUAUUUAAUGAUAACUUAUUGGGAAAAAUUGUGUGUGAGCAUGUGUGUGUGUGUUAAGCGAUGAUGACUAAUAAAAGCUGAGAGGAGAACGCCUGUCAA